UCAGUCAAGAAAGGCACACGUUAACCGCCUUGUCCUUGCAUAAAAAAAGAAAGGAAGCAAUACGCUCCUGUCCAAUGCGCAUAGCACACACCAAAAUCAAAACGACAAGAAGACCCCAUUCCAACAAAUGAUGAAGGCGUCAAAGUUACGUUUUCUGAAUUAAUCACGCAUUAUUAUUAUUAUUACUGCUCCUUUUUCCAAUGUAACGGUUCCUCCCGCUCCAAAACCCACACCAUCCAUUAUUUCCCUCCCUCUCUUAUCAUCCAAAUUCAACCUUUUUUUUCUUUUUCUUCUUUUUUUCUUUUGGGUAUUAUUUCCCUCCUUUCCUUUUUUCAAAAAAACCUUUAUAUAACAUCACUGCAUUGUCGAUCUCACUCUCAUCCCCGCCGCAGAAUUCGCCGUCUUACUACGCCAUGUACAACCGCAACCACGACGGCCCUGCUGCCAGUAUUAAAACAACUUGCCGAUUGUUGCUGUUAGAACUGCAGAAAAUAUGGGAUGAAGUGGGAGAGAAUGACGUGGAAAGAGAUAAAAUGGUGUUUGAAAUUGAACAAGAGUGCGCAGAGGUUUAUAAGGGAAAAGUUAACGAAGCAAAUAGGUGUAGAUCUGAAUUGCAACGACAAAUUGCUUUGGCUGAAGCCGAAAUCGAGACUAUUUUGUCUGCAUUGGGUGAUGAUCUACAUGUAAAAGAUGAACAGAAGGAUGAUGGUCGAAAAAACUUGCAUGAAAAGCUACAAAUUGUUAAUCCAAUGUUAGAGGAAAUGCGGAAGAGAAAAUCAGAAAGGAAAAAGCAAUUUGUUGAAGUUGUACAUGAAUUGAACACAAUUUCCAAAGAGAUUUUCGGUCCUAACCCCGAAAUAAUUGUGGACGAUGGAACCGACUUGUCUUUGAAAAGACUAGUUGAAUUACAGAAUCAGUUACACGAGCUUCAAAACGACAAGAGCAACCGUGUGAAGCAAGUAUUGGGUCUCAUGGAGACGCUCAAGUCCCUGUCUGUGGUGCUUGGCGUCGAUUUCAAACACAUAAUGCAUAAUAUCCAUCCAACUUUUGAUGAUUCUGAUCGAUCCAAAGACAUAACAGAUGGCACGAUUGAGAGGUUGACUACUGCAUUACAGAGCUUGCAUGAUGUCAAGAUACAGAGAAUCAAGAGGCUUCGAGGUCUUGGAGCUGUUCUUUUGGAGCUUUGGGAUUUGAUGGGUACACCAGUAGAGGAGCAACUGAUGUUUCAGAAAGUUACCAGUAGUAUUGCUGCUUCAGAAUGUGAAAUUACUGAGCCUAAUAUGCUUUCCAUCGACUUAAUUAAUCAAGUCGAGGACGAAGUCUUUAGGCUUAAGCAGCUUAAAUCAAGCAAAGUGAAAGAGCUUGUUCUUAAGAAGAGGUUGGAACUAGAAGAGAUAUGCAGGAACAUACACAUGGUAACAGAAGCACUUGGUGCUCCAGAAUUUUCAGUAGAAGUGUUAGCAUCUGGUGCUGUGGACCCUAUGCAUCUACUUGAAGAGAUUGAACUCGAAAUUGAAAGGGUUAAAGAGGAGGCUUUCAGUAGGAAGGAAAUACUUGACAAGGUGGAGAAAUGGUUGGCUGCUCGUGAAGAAGAGUGCUGGCUCGAAGAGUAUAACAGGGAUGACAAUCGUUAUAAUGCUGGAAGAGGUGCACAUCUUACCCUGAAACGUGCUGAGAGAGCUCGAGCAGUUGUCAACAAAAUCCCUGCAAUGGUGGAGGCGUUGACUUCGAAAACCAUAGUUUGGGAGAAAGAACGAGGAACUCAGUUUUUAUAUGAUGGUGAACGACUUCUUUCUAGGUUGGAAGAGUACAACUACCUAAGGAAAGAGAAGGAACAAGAGAGGAUUAGACAAAGAGACCAGAAGAAACGUCAGGUCCAGCUGAUAGUAGAGCAAGAAGCACUUUUUGGAGCAAAACCCAGUCCAUCAAAGAGCGGAAAGAAGCCUUCUAGAACUUCAAUAGGAGUAGCACGUAAUCAAAGGCUCUCCCUUGGUGGAGCAAUGCUUCAGAACUUAAAAGCUCAAAAUGCAUCUUGUGAUUACGUGGAUUUGAACAAGAUUGGUGACAGUGUGAAUCAGAACAGCUAUUUAGGUAAUCAGCAAUAUGGUGGUUUUGCAUCCCAGACCUUCAGUAGGAGAACCUCAGAGAUUGCUGGUCAUUUGGUAAAGAAGAAUUCUUCUGCAAAAGUCCGCCAAAGCGAAUCAGACUUAAUCAGAAAGCCACUCUCUCCGAUUCCUUUAACAUUGUCUUAUAAGGCCAACAUAGCAAAUUUCGUAGAAGAUCAGAAAGGAAUGGGGAAUGAAAAAUUGCAGACAGCGGAUCCCUGUAUUAAGACACCAAUUCGUACACCUACCAGACCGAUAUCUGCUGGAGAUGCAGUAACUACAACUCCGAAGACACUUCCAAUUCCAGUGCCAACAACUCCAACUACAAUAUCUACUCCAAUGCUGAUGGCUUCAACACCAGCUACCCCUUGCGUUUCUUCUGCUGCCAGUACAGCUGAGAAGGUUGUGGAACAGAUCGAGUAUUCGUUCGAAGAGGUAAGAGUUGGUAUUCUCUAUCCUGAAGGAGCACAAACACAAACACAAAAACACUGUUGCAAGUUUGACAUAUCUGCAGCCGAAAAAUGAAUUUCAGACCGUUCUUUUGUUUUGUAUUCUUUAAUUUUUGAGGUAAAUUUAGACUGCUCGACAGUUUUGUACACCCAGCAUAUUAAGGAAGUUGUUGUGGGGUUCAGUUUCGCCAAAGGUUGGUGGUUUGCCAGCUUAUGGAAGCUGGGCACAUGUAUUACAGGGAGUGAAACUUUUAUAUGAAAUAGUGGUACAUUUGGUUUUA